AUGGAUUCUAGCAUCAUGGAUGAUUUCGGGAUCCCCGUUAUUGACACGGAUGAGUCUCUGUUCUCUAUCAUCCCAAAACUCUCUCAAUUUAUCAGCAUGGCAAUUGGUGACGUCGCGUUCUCAUUUGAGGACAUGAGCCAUGAAUCUCGAGGCCAUCGCCUUCGUCAACUGGUACACGCGUUGGCCGAGGAUAGCCACAAUCCCUUCAUCAUUGUGGCCUUGAUGAUUCUCAAGUGGGAAUUUAUGAGUGUUGCCGAUGAUGACUGGGGAUUGAAUGAAAGUCGAGGUGCAGCAUGCGAGUUUGUAGCAUGGCAGUUUCUAUGUCAUCUGAAUCAGAUUGAGGCUAUCGACUUCCUUUUGGAAGAGCUCCCGAUCCCUCGUCGCAACUCAACAACUUCUGAGGUUGAAAGGAGUAAUCCUGGAUUUGAGCUUGCUGGCGAGACAGAAGCAACACCUCUCUUGUCCCGCUCGCCAACCCCUCUUAAUCUCCUUGGAUUCGGUAAGAGAAGCGCAGCGGCUCAGAAGAAUCGAGAUUAUUCGGAGCUUUAUGGCUCAGACCACGACAGGGAGGACUUUUCCCGAUAUUUUCAAUUCUUUGGGCUAAAUGCGUUGGAAAUCGCUGCUGUCGCCCAAGCUAAAAGGUUUCUCAGUCAACGCGUGGUUCAGCGUAUGGUCAAUGAUAUCUGGAACGGAGAAAUUGUCUUUUGGGACUCGCUUACUGUUCAUUCGGCAAAGAAGCCACAGAUAUUCAACCGCAAAACGGCAGAUCCGUAUUCGCGAUUACGAGUUCCUGUAUAUCGAAAGAUGUUUGAAGCAGGAUUCUUCCUUUCUCUGUUAUUUCUGUACUAUACAGUACUCGUCGAAAGAUCACCAACAUCAAUUGGUCGUUUUGAAAUUAUGAUGGACAUUUGGAUCAUCGCCUUUGCCUACGACGAGCUGAGUGGACUCGUUGAUGCGGGUGUACUCUUUUAUCAAAUGGAUUUCUGGAGUCUAUGGAACCUUGCCAUUAUAGGGGUCGGAUUUGCAUUCAUUAUCACCAGGGGAGUCGGUCUGGUGAAACAUGACGACUACAUCUUAAACUUGGCAUUCGAUAUUCUCUCAUUAGAGGCGCUGUUUCUUGUCCCAAGGAUAUGCUCGCUUGUGAGCCUUAAUGCAUAUUUCGGCAGUUUGGUAGAUCCCCGUGAUGAAAGAGAUGACGAAAGCAUUUAUGAGGUUUCUACCUGUAGUAUUGGUCGUGUACACAGGUGGAGAAUAGCAUUUUUCACCACAUUUUCGCUUCUUGCCCGUGACCGUUUUUCUCUUGGAGAAAUGUCGUUCUUACUCUUGAAGGUCUUCUUUGGGUCUGGGACGCUUGGAUUGGACAACGCAGAAAAGAUUUCUCCGAUCUUCGGAUAUAGCUUGAUGUUGAUAUUCGUGCCAAUGAGCAACUUCUUGAUUCUUGCAUGCCUCAUCAGUUUAAUGGGCAUGAGUCUAGAAGGAGUCAUGGCUCACGCCCGUGAGGAGUAUCUAUUCCAACUAUCUAUCUACGUGCUAGAAAGUAGCAACUCCCGGCGCCUAACAUAUUUCCUACCACCCCUGAACCUGAUUCCACUCCUAUGCAUCCGCCCCUUACGACUCUUCCUGUCCGCAGAGACAGUCCGCCGAGUACGCAUCGUCUUACUUCGAGCAACUCACCUUCCAUAUGUGAUGAUGAUCUGGAUCUACGAGUCAAGUCGUCGAAAUUCGGAAAAAUCAUCUUCUCGAUCGAUAGCAGGACGACCACCUAGUACUUCUACAAGCGAUCCGAGUAUUUCGAGAUUCCAGGCCCCAAUGCAUCCAUCCGUGGUUGAAGUGAAUCGUAUAAGACUUGGUCACGAGCAACUCAGUGCGGAUUUGCAGAAUGCGAGUGGGUUUCACCCAGCGCGGCCUGGGCAGACACAGACACAGCUCGCGGAUGUGAUGGAUGCUGUGGAGCGGCUCCGAGUACAGGUGGAGCGUGUCAGCAUGGCGCUUGCUGCGCAGCAAAGA